AUGUCCAUUCAUAACGAUGCAUGCAUAACAACUGCAACGAACGGGAAAGUGGAGAGGCACGAAGCACACGACUUUACGCGCAAGAGGAAACGAGAAGACGACUUACAAUGCGCCAUUGAUAGACGACCGUUCACGAUACAAACCGAUUCUACUGACCCAUUCGCGAAACCACGAACUUUCACGCCGUUAUGUCUACUAUCACGAUCGAACCUCCCACUCGCAUACCUCGACACCGCACAAUGUGGUAGCCGGAUGUUCGCAGCCCACGUCCAGAUACUCGAGGCAUGUCAUGAUUUUCAAGACGAGACGAAUUUACUGGUCGUUGAAGAUGAGGGAGAAGCACGACUAUACGCUAUUGAGAGAGUACAGAGACGACGGUAUGCGUUAUGCCGGCUGGGAGCAUGGGUCAAGACUGGUGACGUCGAACAACGAUCAAAUAUGGAUGUACGACCGGAUCAGGCCCCACGGAAACGACACGCGUUGAAGCUUGAGAACUCUGGCCAACCUUGGUGGAUGUCUGUGGCGGUCGAGGAGAAGACGGAGGACAUACACAGUGACAGUGUACGAGGAUGUCUGCCGGCAUUGUCUAUGCAGAGACCAAGGAGUGCCGUGGCAGCAGGACAAUCUCUAGUCAUGCCUGACGAUCCAGCCCUGCUUCCGCACAGCCUCGAUACGGCGGAGCCUGAUAUCUUGAAGAUUCCCAUACCAGCUGAGGCGCUUGAAGAGUUGACGAAACACUAUCUGGAUGCCCUCUACCUCUCCAGGACACCUUUGGCAUACUUCACUAAAGGUCCAUUAGCUCGAGCCAGGGCGGCGUUCGCAUCAUCACCGGCAGAGCUCGUAACGUUCCUUCGCGGAUCAAUCUUGUCGUCUUCAGUGAUGGACAAGAAGUACCGAGAAGUCAUUGCUGAGCACGUGAAGGAGAUGCCUAGCUUUGACGCAGAGGCUUCUGCAACGAAGCCCAAGUCGAAAAGGAAGCGCAAGUGGAAGGCGAAGAGAGACAAGUCUGGCUUUUUCGUCGAUGAAAAGGACCACGUCGAGCAGUGGUGGCAGAAGGACGACGACUCUGGAGGUUCGCCAAAUGCAGCCGACAGUACAGACGCUGUGCUCAAGCGACGUUCACCACGAUUACGGAAUCGAGAAACGUUUAUGCAAAUCAUCCUGAUACUGGAGAUACUGGCUCUGGAGGCGGGAAUACCUUCCACAGAGUUGUCGACAGCCAAUGAAUCACAAGACGCGGACUCGCAAGCGCAAGAAUCGCAAGCGGCGGGUGAGAAGAAGCCGAGAAAGAAGAAGGAGGUCGAUCUGCCGGCUGUGCUCGAAUCCUUAAUCGAUCGCCUCUGCAUUUGGUACUCCUUAGAGACUACCACGCCAAUCAAGCCCGGCGCCAAUGGCAGCGGCGAUUCGAAAGACGAGACGAGUGAUGAUCUGAAGAGCUUCUGUACGGAGGUCAUCUUGCCAUUCUACGGAGGCCGGGUCGCCGAUCAAGCCAAUUCGACCAGCAAGAAACUGGGCGGUCCGUCUGUGCCGAAGCCUGCUUCGCAGCGCGUAUCAGCAGCGUCUAGGAAGCCAGGAGAGCCAGCAGAACGUCGCGCGCCAGAAAAGAAGCCGAGAAAACCGCUGGGACGUGUAUCAACCGAUACGCUCAACAGUAUUGGCACGCGACCUCCUCUGCUUCAUCGCUCCGCUACCGACUCGGCCGCAUUGUCACCACUCAUCAAGCAAGAAGAGGUCGAACUACCUUCGCUUGACAGAAUCCCACUCGCUAGGCCAAGAUCGCAACCGCAAGUUCCAGCAUUUCCCAAACCACGCGCCAGCCUCCUCCAACAGGUAUCCUUCAACAAGCGAGAGGUCGAUCUCUCAGCUAUGUCCCAAGCCAACGAGGAAAAGAAACGCAAGAAGGCCAAGGUUCAGGAGCAAAUCAAGGAUGCUAUCGGCACGCUAAGAAAACCCAACAGAGCUCUUGCCGUGGUGGAAGUCGCCAAGAAUGCAGACGAGAGCUUCGCUAAAGCCAUCGCCAGAGGCAAGACGACGUCCAGCACCAACCACUCGCAGCGAAGACCGACGGCCCAGACUUCGGUCGCAGUUACAGCCACGCCGCGACACAUCAAAGCCACACCUAUGCCACGAAGACGGACUAACAGAGGCUCGGAUGAGAAGUCUACUCAACUCGUACCUGCCUCCUCGACCAGACUCUUCGCCGGACGAAGCUCAGAUGUCGUGCCAAGCAGCUCCUUUGCCAUUCCUCAGACCGCACAAAAGACCGCCCACCGGACUGCGGGGCCCAGUAUUGAAGAGACGCCCUCCCGCGGGUUUGCUAAGUUCAUGCCCGCAGCUUUGGCAAGACCUCCAGGCACUUUGCUGGAGUCGCCUACCGUCCGUCGCACCGCUGCGCCCAUCUCAGAGACUCCCUCGCGCCCGCUGCGCAUGCCUGGCUUGAUGGAGACGCCGAAGGUGAGGCAGCCAGUGGGAUUGAGAAGGGUCGAGGCGAGUCCGGCGCAGGUGAUGGCUUCGCCGAUAGUGGGAAGGGAUGCGGGAUCGGGUCUGGGGAGUGGUGGGAAGAGCAUAUAUGGGGCUUUAGGGUGGGAUGAGGAAGAGUAUGAGGAGUUGAGCUGA